AUGGAAGCCAACUACUCCAUCCCUCUGAAUGGAUCAGAAGUGGUGGUCUAUGAUUCUAUCACAUCCAGAGUUUUGUGGAUCCUCUCAAUGGUGGUCCUCUCCAUCACUUUUUUCCUCGGGUUGCUGGGCAAUGGGCUUGUGAUCUGGGUAGCUGGAUUUCGGAUGGCACACACAGUCACCACUAUCUGCUAUCUGAACCUGGCUUUGGCUGACUUCUCUUUCACGGCUACUCUACCAUUCCUUAUCACCUCAAUGGCCAUGAAAGAAAAAUGGCCUUUUGGCUGGUUCAUGUGUAAAUUAGUUCACAUUGUGGUGGACAUAAACCUAUUUGGAAGUGUCUUCCUGAUUUCGCUCAUUGCCUUGGAUCGCUGUAUUUGUGUCCUACAUCCAGUCUGGGCUCAGAAUCACCGCACUGUGAGCCUGGCUAGGAAGGUAAUCAUCGGACCCUGGAUUCUUGCCCUCAUCCUCACAUUGCCCAUUUUCCUCUUCUUGACUACGGUUAGAAUUCCAGGAGGGCAUGUAUACUGUACAUUCAGCUUUGCGUCCUGGGGUGACACUGAAAUGGAACGGGUGAAUGCAGCUAUCACUAUGCUAACAGUUAGAGGAAUCAUCAGGUUCAUUAUUGGCUUCAGCAUGCCCAUGUCCAUCGUUGCCAUCUGCUACGGACUCAUCGCUGCCAAGAUCCACAGAAGAGCCCUUGUUAAUUCCAGCCGUCCUUUACGCGUCCUUACUGCAGUUGUGGCUUCCUUCUUUAUCUGUUGGUUUCCCUUUCAACUGGUGGCCCUUUUAGGCACAGUCUGGCUCAAAGAGUCACUUUUUAGUGGUGGUUAUAAAAUUCUUGACAUGUUGGUUCACCCAACAAGCUCAUUGGCCUUCUUCAAUAGCUGUCUCAACCCGAUGCUCUAUGUUUUCGUGGGCCAGGACUUUAGAGAAAGACUGAUUCAUUCCCUACCUUCCAGUCUAGAGAAAGCCCUGAGUGAGGACACUGCCGAGAUCAGUGGUACAGGCACCAAUUCUGCUUCAGCUUCUGAAAGCAUCGAGAUAAAGGCAAUAUAA